AUGGCUUCCGAUCGAUUGGAAGAUGGCCGUCGGAGCCGCCUGGAGGAAGCUAUCACAAACCCCGGAGCUGUCAAAAUCAAUGUGACCGGCGCAUUCAUUGUCGAUGAUGAACCUCAUGCUCGGGCCCGAAGCCCUGUCGAGACCGAUGGUGUGCAUUAUGAGAAUAAAGACAUUCGACUCCCUCAUCAUACUGGGGUGGUUAGCCAUGUCGCUGUCGAUAUCGGUGGAUCACUAGCGAAGUUGGUCUACUUUACUCGAGAAUUGGACGAGGCCGACAAUGGGGGGCGCUUGAACUUCAUCAACUUCGAAACCCACCGAAUCGACAUUUGCAUCAAUUUCAUCCGACAAUUAAAAGAGGAACAUGAGAAGCGCAAUACCUCGGCCCGGGAUGAGCUAUGUGUUGUAGCUACUGGAGGGGGUGCCUACAAGUUCUAUGACAAAUUGAAGGCGGCGCUGGACGUGAACAUCCUGCGGGAGGAAGAGAUGGAAUGUUUAAUCAUUGGUAAGUCCCUCGAGGCUGGAUUCAUCGGCCCAGCUAACAGUUUAGGUCUGGAUUUCUUUAUUACCGAGAUUCCUAAUGAAGUUUUCACCUAUAAUGACUCCGAUACCGAGCCUAUGCAAUUUGCCGAGGCCCGACCGGAUGUCUAUCCCUACCUCCUCGUCAAUAUCGGAUCCGGCGUUUCCAUGAUCAAGGUGUCUGGCCCAAGGCAAUUUGAACGAGUUGGAGGCACACACUUGGGUGGUGGUACGUUCUGGGGGAUCAUGUCCUUGCUUACGGGCGCCCGGACCUUCGACGACAUGCUGGCCAUGGCGGAUAUCGGGGAUAACAGCGGAGUGGACAUGCUGGUCGGAGAUAUCUAUGGUAUGGAUUACAGCAAGAUCGGACUGAAGAGUACGGCGAUCGCCAGCACUUUCGGGAAGGUCUUCCGCUUGAAGAAUGCGGCCGAGCGGGGAGCCGAAGACGGCGAGGGCUUGAUCCGGGACGACGAGGAGCACACGAACGGUGGAGUCAAUUUCCGCCAUGAAGACAUGAGCCGGAGCCUUCUUUACGCUAUCAGUAACAACAUUGGCCAAAUUGCCUACUUGCAAUCUGAAAAACAUCAAGUCAAGCAUAUAUAUUUUGGAGGCUCCUUCAUUCGUGGUCACCGCCAGACAAUGAACACACUCUCAUACGCCAUUAAAUUCUGGUCCAAGGGUGAAAAGCAGGCAUAUUUCCUGCGACACGAGGGCUACUUAGGCGCUGUCGGCGCCUUCAUUCGCCGACAACCGCAGAACUGGGGUCGUCGCAACAGCCUCGACGACGUGGCAGUACCGCAGGCGGUCAAGAACGUCGUCAACAAAGUGUUGAGUGAACAAAAUGACAAAUCCAGCUCAUAG